AUGUGUCUCCCUGACAAUGUUGCAUACUUUAAUGUGAAGUCUGUGAAGUUUUACACAUGUUUAAUAUUCACCACUGUUGAACGACGAUUCUUCCGUUCUUUGGUUACUUGCACCACAACAAAUGCUUUCAGUACUAUCAAUCUGAAUUGCUGGAAAAGAGACCACAAUAGUAGUAUAAUAAUAUAUCAGUUAUCAACGUGGAAUAUGUCACGUAUGGAUUCUGGUAGUCUUGGUAAAAAUGAAGGGCAACGUGCUCUCUCAAGAAAUCUUUCACGUCGUAAUAUUAUGGGGCCGAUUACUUCAGUGAUUGACAGUUCUUUAUCAUUUUUUGGUUUUAAUUCUCAUGAGACAACUAUUGAAGACUGGAAUGAACGAAGAUUACGAUAUGUUAUCAAACGUUAUGGAAGUAUUAAAGUUGAUCGUCUUUCUGCUCUGACUACUUCUCCGGUUCCUUGUGAUUUAUCUGGAUCAUCUUUAAGGCAUCAUUUGGGUUCAAGUUCGAAUGCUGAACCAAUGAAAAUUAUGACUAAACGUCAAGUGUCAUUUGCCAACUAUUCACAUGGAUCACCAGCACAAAUUGAAACUCAGCGGCCAGUUUAUUUACGUGAAUUAAGUAAUAUCACAACGUUUAGUUUACCUAUUGCACCGACUACUCCUGGUGCUCAUAAACCGCAUGCAGUUAAAGUCAUUCUGUCGGCUGUUUGGAAUUCUCGACUUCAUCGAAUGCAGAAAAGACCAGAAGGAAUUGAAACAACUGAUACUGGAUUCAAGCGUUUUCAUUCAGCACCGGCAGGUAGAUCAUUUCAAUUGGAUAUAACUGACAACCAGUGGAAUAAUGCGAAAUGGAUGGCUUUAAAAGAUACAAAACAUGAAGAAACACCGUUUCUAGCUGAUUCAACAUCAGGCCAUGAAGGAGUGGAUAUUGAUGAUAAUAAUGUCACCGCCGCCGCCACCACUGAGGAUGACAUUAACAACAAUAAUAUGGCGCGUUUUGAUACUUCAGUGGAGCGGAAAUCACCUGAAUUUGAGAUGAUAACUAAGGAGGUUGGUGUUGAGGUUGAUGAUGAUGAUGAUGAUGAUGAUGGUCAUAUCAUUCCUAACAGUCCAUUACCAGCUGACCUUCGUGAUUCAUAUUUAUCAUUUCAACAGUCCAAUAGUUUUACUUUACGUGAAACGAUUGGAGAAAAACGUUCACGACCAUCUGUUACAAUAUCAUCAAUAAAUAUUCAAUCGAAGCCAGUUAUAAUACCAUCCAGAACAAGACGUUUAACUGAAAGUUUACUAACUCCAACACGUUGGGCUUCAGCAAUUUUCACUCCAUAUAAAGAUACUAUCACAGAAGAUAUAUUUCGUAAUAAAACAACUGAUUAUAUAGAGUAUAGACCAUACUUUACCUAUUGGAUAUCAUUUGUACACAUAUUCAUAUUCAUUACUGGUUCAAUUGGUUAUGGAUUUGCACCGAUUGGUUUAGGCAUAGCAACACGUAUUGUCGGUAAAGUAUUAUUGCCUACAUUGACUAUUGAUCAAGUCUGUUGGAUAGAGAAUGAAAAUUUGUGGAUAGGACCAAGACAAACAGACUUGAUACGAUUAGGUGCACGUUAUCCACCAUGUAUGCGAUUUGAUCCAAUUCUACAUUCUACAGUGAUUGAACGUCAAAAAAAAUUUGAUCGUGCGUCUGGUUGUUGCAUUCGAAAUGAUGGAGGAGGUUGUUAUCAAACGCAUAAAGAUGUCUGUUCUCAAAUGUUAUCCACGUAUAUUUCAAAUCGUGAAAUCCGUACUCAUUCAUUGAAUUCUUCUCAUAUUAUCGAAAAUUCAAGUGUUGAUGAUUUCUCCAGUAUCGUUCAUUCUCUUCGUCCAACACGACUUAUUGGUUAUGCUGGACCUGUAUGUGGAUUGGAUCCAGCAUUUUGUCUUCGACCACAUUCUAGUGGAGCAUUUACUUGGUCUGAAACUGAUAUUACUAAAUGGCCUAUUUGUGAAUUACCUGGUAAUGUACUAAAUAUGGGUGGUUAUGCACCUCAUAUGGAAUGUCAAGUUACCGGUCAUCCAUGUUGCUUAGGUAUCAAGGGUGAAUGCAUUAUAACAACACAAGAACAUUGUGAUUUUGUUCGAGGAUUCUAUUAUCCAACAGCUGCAUUAUGCUCUCAAGUGAAUUGUUUAAAUCAAAUCUGUGGUAUGUCGCCUUUUAUCGACAAUGAAUAUCCAAAUCAAAUUUACAGAAUCUUUACCUCAUUAUUCCUUCAUGCUGGUGUGUUACAUUUACUCCUAUCAUUGGGUGUUCAAAUGAUAUUUAUCCGGGAUUUAGAGAAAAUGAUUGGUUGGCAUCGUAUUGCUUUAGUGUAUAUAUUAUCUGGUUGUAUUGGAAGUUUAACAUCUGGAAUAUUUUUACCAUAUCAAGUGGAGACAGGACCUACAGCUGCACAAUUUUCUCUUCUUGGUGUAUCAUUAGUUGAUUUUGUAUAUUGUUGGAAAUAUUUAACAUAUCCAUGGUAUGCAUUAUUAAGAAAUAUUUUCCUUAUUCUUAUCUUAUUCACAUUUGGUUUAUUACCAUGGAUUGAUAAUUAUGCAAAUGCUGGUAGUUUUUUAUCUGGUAUCUUGUUAUCGUUUAUUUUAUUACCAUUUCGUGGAUUUCUAUCAUUAUCAAUUACUUCACAGGCGACAUCAAUAGCAACUUCUGUGAAUCAAACAAUCUGUGAUACUACAACAACUAUAAAUAAUAAUAAUACUAUUACUGUUACACCUAGUGUAACAACUCCAAGUAUUCUAUUCAACUUCAGUUCUAAUGAUAUUGGUCGGCAUAAAAGUUGUUCAUCAUCAUUACAUCAAAAUCAUCAACAUAUUCAACAACAUCAACAUUAUCCUCAUCAUCAUUAUCAUCAUCAUUUUCAGCAUAGAUGUUUUGUUAUUAUUGUGUGUUUUAUGCUAUGGCUUCUUUUAUCGAUUGGAUUAAUUAGUAUAUUUAUAUGGGGUCCAAUUAUUAAUUGUAAGUAUUGUAAUUAUUUUACAUGUUUACCGCUUACUUCAAAUAUUUGUGAUAGUUUACAAGUGAAUGUAUACCAACGAUCUGAUUGUAUUCUGCCUAAUUGGAUUUAA